CACUUCGAUUCUUGUCGUCGUCCGCCAUGUUUUUUCUUUGAUUCGUGUUUCGUGUCAAGUAGUCGGGUGUUUUCUCCGCAGAAAUCUAAUCGCCUUGGCCAGGAACAGUGUCCUAUUCGGGAGGAACGGCUUUCGGAGCACCACAGGAAGUCUGCGGAGUGUCAGGAAGUGCGAAAAAAUUCGGUGCAAAUCGGAGAGCAAACGUAAAGCCAAUUUUGGGAAUCCCAGUAGAAUAAACAACACGGUUGCUGCGGUCAGUGUAGUGAAGAAAAGAAAGGUGAUUAUGAUGAAUCGGAGUGAGGGCCUUGUCCGACGUGUAAAAGCUCGCGACACAGAAUCAAACAGUGGCGGUGGGUCGGCCUCCAGCAAUUAUGAUGAAGAGAACAAAAAUGAAAAAGAGGACGAGAUGGACGAUUGCGAUUCGAAGGAAACGCGGCUCACCCUAAUGGAGGAAGUACUGCUGCUUGGGCUUAAAGAUAAGGAGGGCUACACAUCCUUCUGGAAUGACUGCAUAUCGAGUGGGUUACGCGGAUGCAUCCUGAUAGAACUCGGCCUGCGAGGUCGCGUCGAACUGGAAAGGGCGGGCAUGCGACGGAAGGGGCUGUGCACUAGGAAAAUCAUCCUCAAGUCGGACACACCCACCGGUGACGUUCUGCUGGAUGAGGCAUUGAAGCACAUAAAAGAAACCGAUCCACCGGAAACCAUACAAAAUUGGAUCGAAUAUCUGAGUGGUGAAACCUGGAACCCUCUGAAGCUGCGGUACCAAUUGAAGAAUGUACGCGAAAGGCUUGCCAAGAAUUUAGUGGAGAAGGGUGUGCUCACGACGGAAAAACAGAACUUCCUCUUAUUCGACAUGACGACGCAUCCGCUGAAUGAUAACGUUAUCAAGUGUCGGCUAGUGAAAAAAAUUCAAGACGCCGUGUUAACGAAGUGGGUCAACGAUCCGCAGCGUAUCGACAAGCGAAUGCUAGCACUCAUCCUACUGGCGCACGCUAGCGACGUACUGGAGAAUGCCUUUGCCCCGCUAAACGACGAUGACUACGAGCUUGCAAUGCGACGCGUGCGGGAACUGCUGGACCUGGACUUUGAAACAGAGGCAGCCAAAGCGAAUGCCAACGAGGUCAUCUGGGCGGUGUUUGCCGCAUUCACUAAAUAAGCAAGACUUGUGCACCGUAAUCGUGGUAGUGUUCUAGCGGAAUCAUACCUUUCUAGCCUAGCAUAGGAUGACGAUUUGAGAGGGACGAUAGUUUCGGUUAGCAUCGAAGUCCAAACACAAAGAAACUCCCCCUUUUGGCGCUGAGCUUGCUUUUCUAGAUUCCGUUUAUAUUCCUGUUCCCUUCUACAUCCUACGAUACUUUUUACAGCAGAUUAAUGCUAUAAUAGUAAGACAUUCACGAAGGAAACAAAAGAAUAGUAAUAGUAAUAAUACACUAAUGGAGUAUAUUUUUUAUUUUAUUUUACCUAUUUAUAGCUGAUAAAUCCAAUAAUCAAAAAAAUCACAAUUCAGUAAGAAAGAAGCCCUUUUAUAAUGAUAGCAGAUUGGAUGAUUGAAAGCAGCGUUUAAAAAAAAAUACUAGGAAUAUAACCAAAAGUUACUAAAGCAGGUCUAGAAAGUGACGAAGCAUCGUAUGUUGACACGACACUAGCCCCAGAAUCGAAGAACAGUAGGAGCAGAUUGUAACAUAUUGUGAUUUUACGUUUUGUUUACGGUCCAUCGCCUCCCAUUCACUGUCGUUAUUAGCUGUUAUGUUAUUCCCCUGCCACUGGGAAUCGUUCUUGAAUGUUUUGCGUUUGUGGCAUUGACAAUUUUUUUCCGACACAAAAAUAAACUGCUAGUAUCUCACGCACCUGUAUCACCGCUGCAGCAGAAUGUUUGUGAAAAGCAAGGCAAGUUUUCGUUGUUUUUGGGUUCUGCACGUAGGUUUAUUUUUCUCUUCCAGCGGCGAUAAGCACGCGCGUGUGAAAUUGGAAAAAUGCAAUUGAUGAAGCAUUUUACAUCUAUUUCUAAUAUUAACGUAUGAUAUUUGCAUCAAAGGGAUUUUUUUUUCCUAUCGGACCGUACCAAAAUGUGACGGAAUAAAAGCAGACAGAAUCGAAAGGAUCGAGCAGGAACACUGGAAUGUUGAUUGUAAUGCGGAGAAUGAUGUCGCUACGGAUAGAGAUGAUACAUAACAAUUAAGAUUACAAGCAAGUAAGAUUAUUAGGCGAAGCAUAUAGGGUCACAUCGGCGUUUAAAGCAUGUGGGCGAAUGCUGAUGGAAGAGCAUGGAUUGUAUAUAGAUUUAAAUAAAAUUAUUGUUAUAAUGUACUACGAUAUGUAAAAUAAACAAUUCAAAACCAA